CAUUAUUUUGCCAGGAAAACAGACCCAUUUCCUGCCCUUGAAGGUUUGCAGUCUCAAGGGGGAAAGCAGUACAACUUUUACAAGCAGUUAUCAAGGUAGGUGGGUGGUGUUGCAGGCAAGCGUGGAAGGGGCCCACCUGGCUAGGGGGCAGGCCAUACCUCCCUGGGAGGUGACGUUUGACCUAUGAGACGAGCCCUAAAGGACAGGUAGGGAUCCCCCGCGGAUGCCGCGCUGGCGAGGCAGGGCCUGAGCAGCCAGUGGAGGAGGGCAGCGGGAAGCGCGCUCUGCAGGAGCCAGACGUCCCAGCCCUUGUGGCCAGAGGUGGCAGGGGCGUGGCCUGAGCGGGGCUGGCGCGGGCAGGAUUUGGGGCUGUGCCAGGGGCGUUCCGACCUGGCCCUUUCCCACGGUCGGUUCCGGCUGCCACGCCUCCACUGCCAUCUGCGCUGUCCUUGGCGACUACGCCUUCACCCCACUGGCUGCGUUUCAGCGGUCCCAGAGCCGGGCGGGUGCGGGGCCAGGAGGGCUCCGCGGCCGGUAUCAGGCCUGCAGUCCAUUGAAGACUUGAACAAGUGGGCCCUGUUUCUUGUGUCUCCUUUUAUACUUGAAGCAGAACACAUAGCAUUUGUGACGGAGAGCAUUUGGGUACAAAGUGAGAAUUUACAGAGAUCAUCCUCUUCAGAAACAAUUGUCAAGUGGUCAGACUGUUGUUUGCCAUUAGCUUGCAGACCUGGGGAUCCUUAUUGGCUAAUUGCUGAAGCAAGUGUGGACAACUUCAGCAAGCUUGGGGUGGCGUUCAUGGAAGAUAGACUCCACAUGGAUAAUGGACUGGUACCCCAAAAGAUUGUGUCGGUGCACUUGCAGGACUCCACUCUGAAGGAAGUUAAGGAUCAGGCCUCAAACAAGCAAGCCCAGAUCCUGGAGCCGAAGCCUGAACCUUCUCUUGAGAUUAAGCCUGAGCAGGACGGUAUGGAGCAUGUUGGCAGAGAUGACCCAAAGGCUCUUGGUGAAGAACCCAAACAAAGGAGAGGCAGUGCCUCUGGGAGUGAGCCUGCUGGGGACAGUGACAGGGGAGGGGGCCCCGUUGAGCAUUAUCACCUCCAUCUGUCUAGUUGCCACGAGUGUCUGGAACUUGAGAACAGCACCAUUGAGUCAGUCAAGUUUGCAUCUGCCGAGAACAUUCCAGACCUUCCCUACGAUUAUAGCAGCAGUUUGGAGAGUGUUGCUGAUGAGACCUCCCCUGAAAGAGAAGGGAGGAGAGUCAACCUCACGGGAAAGGCACCCAACAUCCUCCUCUAUGUGGGCUCCGACUCCCAGGAAGCCCUCGGCCGGUUCCACAAGGUCCGGUCCGUGCUGGCCGACUGUGUGGACAUUGACAGUUACAUUCUCUACCACCUGCUGGAGGACAGUGCUCUCAGAGACCCGUGGAUGGACAACUGUCUGCUGUUGGUCAUUGCUACCAGGGAGUCCAUUCCCGAAGACCUGUUCCAGAAGUUCAUGGCCUAUCUUUCUCAAGGAGGGAAGGUGUUGGGCCUGUCUUCAUCCUUCACCUUUGGUGGCUUUCAGGUGACAAGCAAGGGUGCACUGCAGAAGACAGUCCAGAACUUGGUUUUCUCCAAGGCUGACCAGAGCGAGGUGAAGCUCAGCGUCUUGAGCAGUGGCUGCAGGUACCAGGAAGGCCCCGUCCGGCUCAGCCCCGGCAGGCUCCAGGGCCACCUGGAGAAUGAGGACAAGGACAGGAUGAUUGUGCAUGUGCCUUUUGGAACUCGCGGGGGAGAAGCUGUUCUUUGCCAGGUGCACUUAGAACUACCUCCCAGCUCCGACAUAGUGCAAACUCCAGAAGAUUUUAACUUGCUCAAGUCAAGCAAUUUUAGAAGAUACGAAGUCCUUAGAGAGAUUCUGACAACCCUUGGCCUCAGCUGUGACAUGAAACAAGUUCCUGCCUUAACUCCUCUUUACUUGCUGUCAGCUGCGGAGGAAAUCCGGGAUCCUCUUAUGCAGUGGCUUGGGAAACACGUGGACUCCGAGGGAGAAAUAAAAUCCAGCCAGCUCUCUCUUAGAUUUGUUUCAUCCUAUGUGUCUGAAGUAGAAAUAACCCCAUCUUGUAUACCUGUGGUGACCAACAUGGAGGCCUUCUCAUCAGAACAUUUCAACUUAGAGAUCUAUCGCCAAAAUCUGCAGACCAAGCGGUUGGGGAAAGUAAUUUUGUUUGCCGAAGUGACCCCCACGACGAUGCGUCUCCUGGAUGGGUUUAUGUUUCAGACACCGCAGGAAAUGGGCUUAAUAGCGAUCGCGGCCCGGCAGACCCAGGGCAAAGGACGGGGAGGGAAUGCGUGGCUGAGCCCUGUGGGAUGUGCUCUUUCUACUCUGCUCAUCUCCAUUCCACUGAGAUCCCAGCUGGGACAGAGGAUCCCGUUUGUACAGCAUCUGAUGUCCGUGGCUGUCGUGGAAGCAGUGAGGUCCAUUCCCGAGUAUCAGGAUAUCAACUUACGAGUGAAGUGGCCCAACGAUAUUUAUUACAGUGACCUCAUGAAGAUCGGCGGAGUUCUGGUUAACUCAACACUCAUGGGAGAAACAUUUUAUAUACUUAUUGGCUGUGGAUUUAAUGUGACUAACAGUAACCCUACCAUCUGCAUCAACGACCUUGUCACAGAAUACAAUAAGCAACACAAGGCAGAACUGAAGCCCUUAAGAGCCGAUCAUCUCAUCGCCAGAGCCGUGACUGUGCUGGAGAAACUGAUCGAAGAGUUUCAGGACAAAGGGCCCAACAGCGUCCUUCCCCUUUAUUACCGAUACUGGGUCCACAGUGGUCAGCAAGUCCAUCUGGGCAGCGCAGAGGGACCAAAGGUGUCCAUUGUUGGCCUGGAUGAUUCUGGCUUCCUCCAGGUUCACCAGGAGGGCGGCGAGGUUGUGACUGUGCACCCGGACGGCAACUCCUUCGACAUGCUGAGAAACCUCAUCCUCCCCAAACGGCGGUAAUGCCAGGCGUCCCCGAGACAGGCCUGGGCCUGCCCUCCUGACACACCAGGCCUGGUGCCUGGGCAGCAGGUGAGGAUGCUGCUGGGCUGCCUGGGGUCCGAGCCCAGUGCAGAGCCGCCACCGUGAGCAUUCAGCUUUUAUUGCGGCCGCCUGUCCGUGCCCACGCAUCUGGAAAUCUAAUUUAGAGUUGUAGGUGAAUUUUCUCUUCCUCCAAUUCAUUUGUUAAGUCUUUGGUUCUUUUUCUGUGUUUCUGGUUUUUUUAGGUUCGUUUUGUUGUUGUUUUCUUUGGUGUUUGAAGAGGCUCUGGGAUAGACGGUUAAGAAGUAGAAAAUUUAGUUCAGGGAAAGCCCUCCCACAGGUGGGAAAUUGCUCUCCCCUCUGCGGCUUGGACUUACGUUUAUUGUCAGGGGGAGUUUUUACAUGCAAAUGGCAAUGGGAGAAUUCAGAUAUUUUCUUAGCAGUGCAGACCUUUACUCCUAGUCUAUGAAAAAACAAACCAAAAUAUGCUCUUGGGCCUAGGCCAGUGGUGAGUUAGAGGUUUGCUAUCAUUGUUUGUAAGCAUCUGGGGAGGUAUUGAACUAUAAGAACAUGCGUUGACACUUAGUCAUUGUUCUGUGUUUUUAUUAAUGAAGAAAAGGGAAGAUAGACUUCCAAGAGUUACUCUCCACCCGGUGGUGUGGCCCCAUAGCGAAGUCUAAAUGCCUGUAGAGAUAGAGCUAACUGGUGUGGUUGCAAUGACCUUGUAGAGGAAAUCAGUUAAUUACUUUUCACACCAUUCAGUGAGCGCUCCUUUCCUAAGGAAGUGGAAAUGUCCCUAGUUAGGGACUUACUUUCUUAAGUAAGUUUAAAUUUACUACAUAUUGUGAAGAGAUAGGAUCAAGUUCAGAAUCCUUAAAUGUCUGAUUAGGCAUCACUUGGAUGAGGAGGUGGGCGAUUUGGCUCGAACAGCUGGAGAUGAAGGCACACUCAUACCACAGACAAGGGAGGAUUUGGAGCUUUUAAGCCAGUUUCAGAUUCACUCUGAAAUGUGGAGCAUUCCUGCAAGACUGUGCAGCUCACAGAAUAUAGAAGACAUGGCAUUUUACUCAGAAGUCCUAAGUUUUUGCCCCCCUCAUUUACCUCAUAUUACCAAGAAAAUGUUAUUGAUACUAAACACCCAUCAGUUCAGAGGGAGGAUGUGUGUGUGCGUGCCCGCAUAUGUGUGUGCGUGCGUGUGUGCGCACAUAGCUUUAAAAGAAGACAUUCAAAAUUUGAUGCGCUACAAGCCUCAUGAAAGAACAAAAGAAAGGAAGCCUUUUGAUAUGCAUUCGCUAUUCCCAGAUGUACGCCAUGCCUUUUCCAUGUCCUUCCUAUCUCUGUUGAACUUAUGAAUCAUACUCAUUACUUUUCAGCUUUAAAAGGCCAAUUUUUGUCCAGUUUUCUCUCUUCCUGCCAGUCCCAGCUGAAAUUAGUGGAAAGAAAGUUUGAUGGAGCUUUCAGCUUUGAACAAAAUCCCUUCAUUGUAAACUAGCACCAUCUUUAUCCAGGUCUUACCCAGUCAGGCUAAUUCCAGAAACUUGUGGUUUUUAGUAUAAAAUCUGUCUACCUUUAGCCAGGCACAGGACAGCCCUAUGAAAAAAUACCCAAUAUAUAUUUUUUGGAAAUGAAACAUUAAAAGAACUUAAAAAGUAAUUUUUGGAAAUGAGGCUUCAAUUAGAAUUAUUUUUCUCAAAAAAAAAAAAAAAAAAACACACAAAAAACCACUCUUCUCCAAAUGCCCAAGGCUUCUUUCGAAAUUAGUUAGAAACUUAAAUAAAAUAUAAGUCCACACCACCCCCAAAUUACAAAAUGGACUCACCCUUGAGAGGGCAUCUGCAGAAUAUCAUCAGGGACAAAGUUCUCGAGGCUAACGAUGUCGGUUUCAUUUCUCAGACUUUGUAAUAUAAGGCAAGCCCUCUCCCAGAGCUGCCAUCACCACUUUUUGAAUUUCUUUGGGGGUUAUUUAAUGAAAAACAUGCUGUGUUUUGUUUUAAGCUGAAGUCCUAUUCUGGACAUUCUGCUUUGGGAAAAAAUGUUAUCAUUUAAUUUCCUUUCUGCAAAUUAAAACUAAUGAAGUGUGGCCUUGUCAAAGGCUGUGGCGAUGUUCCGGGCAGACUGCUGUGCCCUGUGCUUUCCAGCAGGCGCUCCUCCCUCGCGCAGGAGACUCAGUUGUCCUGCGAGAGAUGAAGAAGCCUUGAAGCAGAUGCUGCGUUUUCCAUAAACCUGAUUUUGCCUCACAUGAACCAAAGACUCUCAAAACUCUGCUUCUAUAGAAUUAGCUGAAUAAAGGCAUUUUACAGAUA